CAAUAAAUUUUAAUAUUGUAACUAACAAGAAGAGUGCCAUUUAAUAGGCAAAAAUUCUUUAUCUUUUUGGAACACAAUUAAUUAACGUCGGUGAAUUCUUAUUUACAAUAGGCGGAGUAAUUGUGAUUUGAAACCUUGAUUAAAACAAAACUAGAGAAAUCCCUUUACUAUUUUUAAUGUCAUUUACAUCAAUCAAGAGAAAAUUGCUCUCAUUUGUCAAUCAGUCAUGACACAUGAAGGUGAAGUUUGCAAAACGUCAUUCAGUUUACAUAAAGUCCCUGUUCAGGACAAUGGGAGCCUAAAAUCGUGUUAUCAACACCUGUUUAUAGCUCGUCCAAAUAAAUAAUAACACAUAAAGUUAAUUUUAGUUUUUAUUUUUUAAAAAUCAUAAGUAAUUAAAAUGACUAUGAGAAUUUUUAGUUUAGUUUUUUUAGUUGCUGUGGUUAAUUCACUGGUAAGGAUUAAUAUUUGGCACGAUAAUUUGGAAACAAUGUGCUCUUCGCAAGGGGACUCUUUAUAUCAGGAAUUAAUUGAUAGUCAGAAGAAUUUAUCUCUACACUUGUCUAGCUUUCAUUCAUUAAAUCUCGAGUUUUCAAAUGGAAUGCAAACCUGUCAAUCUGAUUCAAAUUCAAAAUUGAAGGUGGAUAAUUUUUUUGAUAAAGUGCAACUGUGCAUGGAUGAACAAAGUCGUCUGCUCGAAGAUCAAAAGCAAAUAUUCGUGACGAAACUUCUAGAAGUACUUUGUCAUCUCUUUCUCCUGGGAGGAGGAAAAAUAGACGAUCAGUGUUCAAAAAUGACAGAAAUAAAUUUCUCCUUGUGUCGUCGAUCAUUCCGGGAAUUUCCGACAAUUCUUUUGCCUUUAAUUUACAGUACAACAGAGUGCAGUGAAGCUCGAAGAUUAUUAAACUGCUUUGAAACUGGAAUCCGAAUGUGUAACGAGUCCACAAGAAUAGAGUUCGAAUCGGCCAAUAAUGUUACAUAUUAUACACUAUUUGAUUGUCAGAACAUAGAGUUUGAUGAAGAAUUACCAACAUUUGAGGAAGAAAUUAUUUACAAUACAACUGAACCAGUCCCUGAAACAAAUGAGGAAUUUAACACUGCCGAUGAUGAGACGCUAGAGGACAUCGAGAAAACAGAAGAUAUAAGACAAAUGAUCCACAACCAACCAAUGGUGCGAUUUAAUUUCACUAAAACCGAAUUGCAGCAAAAAUGUAACGAAAGAGGCAACGACUCCUUAAACAGUGUAAAAGAUACGUACACCAGUUUUUUAAAAAUCAAAUCAGAUAAGCUGUACUUGAUUCGAGAUCUUAAGGAGAGAACUAAAUUGAAAGCUUUGGUCAAUGAAAACUGCUAUAAAGCCGAAGACAUCAGAAGUAACUUGAACAGUAUGUUGAAUACCAUUGAACAAUGUUUAGACGAAGAAGAUCGGUUGGAGGAAGAAAGCAAAGAGAUAUUACUGAACAAGAGCAUUGGGAAAUUUUGUUCUGAAUUGGAAAACCUGGGAAGUCAUUCGCCAAAUGAUAAAGAAUGCUUUCAUGAUUCUUCGACAUUCUUUCAAUUGGCCCUGUGUACCAAAAAUAUGUCCAUUACGCAGUUCUAUUUCGAUAAUCUUCCCUUAUUAUUCAUUUCAUCUCCAGAGGAGUGCGAUGGACUCGAAAGAAUGCACACUUGUAAAUUAGACGUUCAUGGCGAUUGUAAGGACUCGACAAAAAAUUGGCUUCAAGAACAAUUUAAUGAGGAAAAAAGAUAUGCAGGAUGUAAAGAAGUUUUAAAAGAAAUUACAUCUAACGACUAAUGUAUUUAUUAGUUCU